AGGAAGUGCACAAAAAGCUCCAGCAAAACAAAAACAAAUUGAAGCUAAAUUAUAUCAUUGUGGCUCAAAAUGAACAGUCAAAGCCCAAUGUUAACGAGUAACGACUCACGCUGCGUAUUUUUUAAUACAGAUUCAGAGGACUAUCGAUGCGUGGUGAUUUUAACAGUAAAACGAGCCACAGGAACCUUCUCCUUAGUAGGAUGCCUUUUCAUGCUGUUUGUGAUCUGGCUGCUUCGAAGGUAUCACUCUUUGGCUCAGAAGAUGAUUCUCAGCCUGACUGUAGCUGCCUUCUUCGAUAGCGUAGCAUAUGUCAUGGGUGAUUCCCAUCGCAAGGGAUCUCUUUGUGUCUUCCAGGCCUGCUGGCUAACUUAUUUUGACUGGAGUGCUUUGGCCUGGGUUUGCCUCAUCACAGUGAACCUGUACCUCAACCUGGUGCGAGAAAUAAGCACCAACAGAUAUGAGAGGUUGUACCAUCUGAUGGCAUGGGGGGUUCCUCUGGUCAUGGCCUCUCUGCCACUGCUAAAGGGUUACUACGGCCCCGCAGGAGCCUGGUGCUGGAUCACAGACGAUCACGUAGCCUGGAGAUUUGGGAUAUGGUACGUGCCUCUGUUCAGCCUCAUCUUCCUAAUGAUCUGCUGCUAUGCCAGGAUCAUCUGCGUGGCCAAUGCGAGGAUGCAGUCAUGGUUGGGAACCUUCAACCCAGAGAGGGAGAGACGAAAGGUUUCCUUGGCUGAGGAGAUCAAGCCGUUGAAGUGGUACCCCUCCGUUUACCUCCUGGUGUCCAUCUUCCCCCUCAUCAACAGGCUCCAUAAUGCCUUCUACCCAAAGGAUCCAUCCUUCUCACUCACGCUGUUGCACGUCCUGUCAGCACCACUCCACGGCUUGGCCAAUGCCUUUGUCUUUGGCUUGGAUAGGGACUGGUGGAGCCUACUGAGCCCCACUGGCAUGCAGCUGGCUCUGCAGUCGCGGCUGUGUGACAAGACUCGGAUUGGAGAGUACCACCCCGGGGCGGUGCGCUACACACAGGCUGACCUGGUCGACCUCAGCGAUGACGACGAGGAUGACACCAACGUGCUCUUCUACUCUCCUGACAUGACCCUGAAAGACCGAGGGCCCUGAGAGAGGGAGGGACAGAGAGAGGGAGAGACAAAAGAGCUGGAGGGAAGGAGCACGAAGGAGGGUCACAGCCAGAGAGAGACGCAGCGGAUUAGAAACUGAGAGGCAGGAACAAGAGGUAGGGAGGGAAUGGAAGGGAAGAUUGGGGGGACAGUCAGGCAGAUAGAAGGCGGAGAUGAGCUGUCAGGUUCCAUUAUUAAUCCCCAUCCUUUACUAUUUAAUAUCCUAAAGACACACACACACACAUACUGAGCAGGGCUGCAGCUCCCUGCAAUACUACCAUGAGAGAGGAGCGGGAGAGGAGCGGCUCUAAAUAUCCUCCUAAUGUUAAAGGCAUCUGCUGCGUCCCAAAGGUCUUAAAACGAUUUCCCCUCUCUGCACUGCCUUCUUGACUCCUGCAUUCUGCAGCAUUUUGGCAUACCGCAAAAAUGAAAGGGGAAAAAAAAAAACAUAAAGAA